AUGCGCGCGCCCCGACCAAGGCGCGCGCCCGGACCAAGGCGCGCGCGCCCGGACCAAGGGGCGCGCGCCCGGACCAAGGCGCGCGCGCGGACCAAGGCGCGCGCGCGGACCAAUACGCGCGCGCGGACCAAGGCGCGCGCCCGGACCAAGGCGCGCGCCCGGACCAAGGCGCGCGCCCGGACCAAGGCGCGCGCCCCGACCAAGGCGCGCGCCCGGACCAAGGCGCGCGCCCGGACCAAGGCGCGCGCGCGGACCAAGGCGCGCGCCCGGACCAAGGCGCAGGCGCGCGCGCCCGGACCAAGGCGCGUGCGCCCGGACCAAGGCGCGCGCCCGGACCAAGGCGCGCGCGCGGACCAAGGCGCGCGCCCGGACCAAGGCCGCGCGCGGACCAAGGCGCGCGCGCGGACCAAGGCGCGCGCCCGGACCAAGGCGCGCGCGCUAACCAAGGCGCGCGCGCGGACCAAGGCGCGCGCCCGGACCAAGGCGCGCCGACCAAGGCGCGCGCGCGCGGACCAAGGCGCGCUCCCCCGGACCAAGGCGCGCGCCUGGACCAAGGCGCGCGCCCGGACCAAGGCGCGGCGCCCGGACCAAGGCGCGCGCCCGGACCAAGGCGCGCGCCCGGACCAAGGCGCGCGCGCGGACCAAGGCGCGCGCGCGGACCAAGGCGCGCGCCCGGACCAAGGCGCGCGCCCGGACCAAGGCGCGCGCGCGGACCAAGGCGCGCGCCCGGACCAAGGCGCGCGCCCGGACCAAGGCGCGCGCCCGGACCAAGGCGCGCGCCCGGACCAAGGCGCGCGCGUCCGGACUAAGGCGCGCGCGCCCGGACCAAGGCGCGCGCGCCCGGACCAAGGCGCGCGCCCGGACCAAGGCGCGCGCGCGGACCAAGGCGCGCGCGCGGACCAAGGCGCGCGCGCGGACCAAUACGCGCGCGCGGGACCAAGGCGCCGCGCGCGGACCAAGGCGCGCGCCCGGACCAAGGCGCGCGCCCGGACCAAGGCGCGCGCCCCGAUCAAGGCGCGCGCCCGGACCAAGGCGCGCGCCCGGACCAAGGCGCGCGCGCGGACCAAGGCGCGCGCGCGGACCAAGGCGCGCGCGCGGACCAAGGCGCGCGCCCGGACCAAGGCGCGCGCGCCCGGACCAAGGCGCGCGCCCCGACCAAGGCGCGCGCCCGGACCAAGGCGCGCGCGCCCGGACCAAGGGGCGCGCGCCCGGACCAAGGCGCGCGCGCGGACCAAUACGCGCGCGCGGACCAAGGCGCGCGCCCGGACCAAGGCGCGCGCCCGGACCAAGGCGCGCGCCCGGACCAAGGCGCGCGCCCCGACCAAGGCGCGCGCCCGGACCAAGGCGCGCGCCCGGACCAAGGCGCGCGCGCGGACCAAGGCGCGCGCGCGGACCAAGGCGCGCGCCCGGACCAAGGCGCGCGCGCUAACCAAGGCGCGCGCGCGGACCAAGGCGCGCGCCCGGACCAAGGCGCGCCGACCAAGGCGCGCGCGCGCGGACCAAGGCGCGCGCGCGGACCAAGGCGCGCGCCCCCGGACCAAGGCGCGCGCCUGGACCAAGGCGCGCGCCCGGACCAAGGCGCGCGCCCGGACCAAGGCGCGCGCCCGGACCAAGGCGCGCGCCCGGACCAAGGCGUGCGCGCGGACCAAGGCGCGCGCGCGGACCAAGGCGCGCGCCCGGACCAAGGCGCGCGCCCGGACCAAGGCGCCUGCGCGCGGCGACCAAGGCGCGCGCCCGGACCAAGGCGCGCGCCCGGACCAAGGCGCGCCGCCUGACCAAGGCGCGCGCCCGGACCAAGGGCGCGCGUCCGGACUAAGGCGCGCGCGCCCGGACCAAGGCGCGCGCGCCCGGACCAAGGCGCGCGCCCGGACCAAGGCGCGCGCCGCGGACCAAGGCGCGCGCGCGGACCAAGGCGCGCGCGCGGACCAAUACGCGCGCGCGGACCAAGGCGCUGCGCGCGGACCAAGGCGCGCGCCCGGACCAAGGCGCGCGCCCGGACCAAGGCGCGCGCCCCGACCAAGGCGCGCGCCCGGACCAAGGCGCGCGCCCGGACCAAGGCGCGCUGCGCGGACCAAGGCGCGCGCGCGGACCAAGGCGCGCGCGCGGACCAAGGCGCGCGCCCGGACCAAGGCUGCGCGCGCCCGGACCAAGGCGCGCGCCCCGACCAAGGCGCGCGCCCGGACCAAGGCGCGCGCGCCCGGACCAAGGGGCGCGCGCCCGGACCAAGGCGCGCGCGCGGACCAAUACGCGCGCGCGGACCAAGGCGCGCGCCCGGACCAAGGCGCGCGCCCGGACCAAGGCGCGCGCCCGGACCAAGGCGCGCGCCCCGACCAAGGCGCGCGCCCGGACCAAGGCGCGCGCCCGGACCAAGGCGCGCGCGCGGACCAAGGCGCGCGCGCGGACCAAGGCGCGCGCCCGGACCAAGGCGCGCGCGCUAACCAAGGCGCGCGCGCGGACCAAGGCGCGCGCGCGGACCAAGGCGCGCGCCCGGACCAAGGCGCGCCGACCAAGGCGCGCGCGCGCGGACCAAGGCGCGCGCGCGGACCAAGGCGCGCGCCCCCGGACCAAGGCGCGCGCCUGGACCAAGGCGCGCGCCCGGACCAAGGCGCGCGCCCGGACCAAGGCGCGCGCCCGGACCAAGGCGCGCGCCCGGACCAAGGCGUGCGCGCGGACCAAGGCGCGCGCGCGCGGACCAAGGCGCGCGCGCGGACCAAGGCGCGCGCCCGGACCAAGGCGCGCGCGCGGACCAAGGCGCGCGCCCGGACCAAGGCGCGCGCCCGGACCAAGGCGCGCGCCCGGACCAAGGCGCGCGCCCGGACCAAGGCGCGCGCGUCCGGACUAAGGCGCGCGCGCCCGGACCAAGGCGCGCGCGCCCGGACCAAGGCGCGCGCCCGGACCAAGGCGCGCGCGCUGACCAAGAAGCGCGCCCGGACCAAGGCGCGCGCCCGGACCAAGGCGCGCGCCCGGACCAAGGCGCGCGCGCGGACCAAGGCGCGCGCCCGGACCAAGGCGCGCGCGCGGACCAAGGCGCGCGCCCGGACCAAGGCGCGCGCCCGGACCAAGGCGCGCGCCCGGACCAAGGCGCGCGCCCGGACCAAGGCGCGCGCGUCCGGACCAAGGUGCGCGCGCGCGGACCAAGGCGCGCGCGCCCGGAUCAAGGGGCGCGCGCCCGGACCAAGGCGCGCGCGCUCGGACCAAGGCGCGUGCGCGGACCAAGGCGAGCGCGCGGACCAAUGCGCGCGCCCGGACCAAGGUGCGCGCGCCCGGACCAAGGCGCGCGCCCGGACCAAGGCGCGCGCGCGCGGACCAAGGCGCGCGCGGCCGGACCAAGGCGCGCGCGCCCGGACCAAGGCGCGCGCGCCCGGACCAAGGCGCGCGCGCCCGGACCAAGACGCGCGCCCGGACCAAGGCGCGCGCGCCCGGACCAAGACGCGCGCCCGGACCAAGGCGCGCGCGCGGACCAAGGCGCGCGCGCAAACCAAGGCGCGCACGCGGACCAAGGCGCGCGCCCGGACCAAGGCGCGCGCGCCCAGACCAAGGCGCGCGCGCCCGGACCAAGGCGCGCCCCCGGACCAAGGCGCGCGCGCGGACCAAGGCGCGCGCGCGGACCAAGGCGCGCGCCCGGACCAAGGCGCAGGCGCGCGCGCCCGGACCAAGGCGCGUGCGCCCGGACCAAGGCGCGCGCCCGGACCAAGGCGCGCGCGCGGACCAAGGCGCGCGCCCGGACCAAGGCGCGCGCCCGGACCAAGGCGCGCGCGCGGACCAAGGCGCGCGCGCGGACCAAGGCUGCGCGCCCGGACCAAGGCGCGCAGCGCUAACCAAGGCGCGCGCGCGGACCAAGGCGCGCGCCCGGACCAAGGCGCGCCGACCAAGGCGCGCGCGCGCGGACCAAGGCGCGCGCCCCCGGACCAAGGCGCGCGCCUGGACCAAGGCGCGCGCCCGGACCAAGGCGCGCGCCCGGACCAAGGCGCGCGCCCGGACCAAGGCGCGCGCCCGGACCAAGGCGUGCGCGCGGACCAAGGCGCGCGCGCGGACCAAGGCGCGCGCCCGGACCAAGGCGCGCGCCCGGACCAAGGCGCGCGCGCGGACCAAGGCGCGCGCCCGGACCAAGGCGCGCGCCCGGACCAAGGCGCGCGCCCGGACCAAGGCGCGCGCCCGGACCAAGGCGCGCGCGUCCGGACUAAGGUGCGCGCGCGCGGACCAAGGCGCGCGCGCCCGGAUCAAGGGGCGCGCGCGCGGACCAAGGCGCGCGCGCCCGGACCAAGGCGCGCGCGCCCGGACCAAGGCGCGCGCGCCCGGACCAAGGCGCGCGCCCGGACCAAGGCUGCGCGCAGCGGACCAAGGCGCGCGCGCGCGGACCAAGGCGCGCGCGCGGACCAAUACGCGCGCGCGGACCAAGGCGCGCGCCCGGACCAAGGCGCGCGCCCGGACCAAGGCGCGCGCCCGGACCAAGGCGCGCGCCCCGACCAAGGCGCGCGCCCGGACCAAGGCGCGCGCCCGGACCAAGGCGCGCGCGCGGACCAAGGCGCGCGCGCGGACCAAGGCGCGCGCGGCGGACCAAGGCGCGCGCCCGGACCAAGGCGCGCGCGCCCGGACCAAGGCGCGCGCCCCGACCAAGGCGCGCGCCCGGACCAAGGCGCGCGCGCCCGGACCAAGGGGCGCGCGCCCGGACCAAGGCGCGCGCGCGCGGACCAAUACGCGCGCGCGGACCAAGGCGCUCGCCCGGACCAAGGCGCGCGCCCGGACCAAGGCGCGCGCCCGGACCAAGGCGCGCGCCCCGACCAAGGCGCGCGCCCGGACCAAGGCGCGCGCCCGGACCAGGGCGCGCGCGCGGACCAAGGCGCGCGCGCGGACCAAGGCGCGCGCGCGGACCAAGGCGCGCGCCCGGACCAAGGCGCGCGCGCCCGGACCAAGGCGCGCGCCCCGACCAAGGCGCGCGCCCGGACCAAGGCGCGCGCGCCCGGACCAAGGGGCGCGCGCCCGGACCAAGGCGCGCGCGCGGACCAAUACGCGCGCGCGGACCAAGGCGCGCGCCCGGACCAAGGCGCGCGCCCGGACCAAGGCGCGCGCCCGGACCAAGGCGCGCGCCCCGACCAAGGCGCGCGCCCGGACCAAGGCGCGCGCCCGGACCAAGGCGCGCGCGCGGACCAAGGCGCGCGCGCGGACCAGGGCGCGCGCGCGGACCAAGGCGCGCGCCCGGACCAAGGCGCAGGCGCGCGCGCCCGGACCAAGGCGCGUGCGCCCGGACCAAGGCGCGCGCCCGGACCAAGGCGCGCGCGCGGACCAAGGCGCGCGCCCGGACCAAGGCGCGCGCCCGGACCAAGGCGCGCGGCGGCGGACCAAGGCGCGCGCAGCGGACCAAGGCCGCGCGCGCGGACCAAGGCGCGCGCCCGGACCAAGGCGCUGCGCGCGGACCAAGGCGCGCGCGCGGACCAAGGCGCGCGCGCGGACCAAGGCGCGCGCCCGGACCAAGGCGCGCCGACCAAGGCGCGCUGCGGCGCGGACCAAGGCCGCGCGCGCGGACCAAGGCGCGCGCCCCCGGACCAAGGCGCGCGCCUGGACCAAGGCGCGCGCCCGGACCAAGGCGCGCGCGACCGGACCAAGGCGCGCGCCCGGACCGGUACCAAGGCGUGCGCGCGGACCAAGGCGCGCGCGCGGACCAAGGCGCGCGCCCGGACCAAGGCGCGCGCCCGGACCAAGGCGCGCGCAGCGGACCAAGGCGCGCGCCCGGACCAAGGCGCGCGCCCGGACCAAGGCGCGCGCCCGGACCAAGGCGCGCGCCCGGACCAAGGCGCGCGCCCGGACCAAGGCGCGCGCGUCCGGACUAAGGUGCGCGCGCGCGGACCAAGGCGCGCGCGCCCGGAUCAAGGGGCGCGCGCCCGGACCAAGGCGCGCGCGCCCGGACCAAGGCGCGCGCGCCCGGACCAAGGCGCGCGCGCCCGGACCAAGGCGCGCGCCCGGACCAAGGCGCGCGCGCUGACCAAGAAGCGCGCCCGGACCAAGGCGCGCGCCCCGGGACCAAGGCGCGGGCGCCCGGACCAAGGCGCGCGCGCGGACCAAGGCGCGCGCCCGGACCAAGGCGCCGCGCGCGGACCAAGGCGCGCGCCCGGACCAAGGCGCGCGCCCGGACCAAGGCGCGGCGCCCGGACCAAGGCGCGCGCCCGGACCAAGGCGCGCUCGUCCGGACCAAGGUGCGCGCGCGCGGGACCAAGGCGCGCGCGCCCGGAUCAAGGGGCGCGCGCCCGGACCAAGGCGCGCGCGGCUCGGACCAAGGCGCGUGCGCGGACCAAGGCGAGCGCGCGGACCAAUGCGCGCGCCCGGACCAAGGUGCGCGCGCCCGGACCAAGGCGCGCGCCCGGACCAAGGCGCGCGCGCGCGGACCAAGGCGCGCGCGGGCCGGACCAAGGCGCGCGCGCCCGGACCAAGGCGCGCGCGCCCGGACCAAGGCGCGCGCGCCCGGACCAAGACGCGCGCCCGGACCAAGGCGCGCGCGCCCGGACCAAGACGCGCGCCCGGACCAAGGCUGCGCGCGCGGACCAAGGCGCGCGCGCAAACCAAGGCGCGCGCGCGGACCAAGGCGCGCGCCCGGACAGGGCGCGCGCGCCCGGACCAAGGCGCGCGCGCCCAGACCAAGGCGCGCGCGCCCGGACCAAGGCGCGCCCCCGGACCAAGGCUCGCGCGCGGACCAAGGCGCGCGCGCGGACCAAGGCGCGCGCCCGGACCAAGGCGCGCGCCCGGACCAAGGCGCGCGCCCGGACCAAGGCGCGCGCCCGGACCAAGGCGCGCGCGUCCGGACCAAGGUGCGCGCGCGCGGACCAAGGCGCGCGCGCCCGGAUCAAGGGGCGCGCGCCCGGACCAAGGCGCGCGCGCUCGGACCAAGGCGCGUGCGCGGACCAAGGCGAGCGCGCGGACCAAUGCGCGCGCCCGGACCAAGGUGCGCGCGCCCGGACCAAGGCGCGCGCCCGGACCAAGGCGCGCGCGCGCGGACCAAGGCGCGCGCGGCCGGACCAAGGCGCGCGCGCCCGGACCAAGGCGCGCGCGCCCGGACCAAGGCGCGCGCGCCCGGACCAAGACGCGCGCCCGGACCAAGGCGCGCGCGCCCGGACCAAGACGCGCGCCCGGACCAAGGCGCGCGCGCGGACCAAGGCGCGCGCGCAAACCAAGGGCGCGCGCGCGGACCAAGGCGCGCGCCCGGACAGGGCGCGCGCAGCCCGGACCAAGGCGCGCGCGCCCAGACCAAGGCGCCGCGCGCCCGGACCAAGGCGCGCCCCCGGACCAAGGCGCGCGCGCGGACCAAGGCGCGCGCCCGGACCAAGGCGCGCGCCCGGACCAAGGCGCGCGCCCGGACCAAGGCUCCCGCGUCCGGACCAAGGUGCGCGCGCGCGGACCAAGGCGCGCGCGCCCGGAUCAAGGGGCGCGCGCCCGGACCAAGGCGCGCGCCCGGACCAAGGCGCGCGCCCGGACCAAGGCCCGCGCCCGGACCAAGGCGCGCGCCCGGACCAAGGCGCGCGCGCCCGGACCAAGGCGCGCGCGCGCCCGGACUAA